UCGCCAUCCGAACACAGCCCCGUUUUCCCGGGAAGACCGUAACCGUUAGCCUUCUACGUACGACCAUACUCCAAACUACGCUCUUUUUUUUCUUUUAAUUUAAUAGAAAGGAAGGAAAAUAUCAUCACACAUAUACACUGUCUCGUGUUUAUAUACCAAGACAAAUGAAUGCUCUCUUCUCCCAAAACAACCAAAAAUCCAUACCACCCCUCUCUCUCCCUCUCUUCUUAUCAUCCUUGAGAGAUUCCGGCGAAGUUUCCCCCUCGAUAUCCCGGCGGGAAUCCCGAUCUAGAUAGCGGUUAUGGAGAGGGAAUGAGGAGCGGUCAUCCUCGGCGAUUGUCAUCACCGUCUGUCCGUCAUCAUGUCUGUUGCGUUCUCCGUUUGCUCCGAUGAUCUGGACCUGCUCUGCGGAGAGGAUUCCGGCGUCUUAUCCGGCGAAUCGACGGUCGAUUCCGCCUCUGACGACGCCGAUUUCUCGUCGGAUGAGUCGAUCGCCGCUUUCAUCGAGGAUGAACGCCACUUCGUCCCAGGCCUCGACUACCUCUCUAGGUUCCAGUCUCAAUCUCUCGACGCUUCCGCCAGAGAAGAAGCCGUCUCAUGGAUUCUCAAGGUAAAAGCUUUUUACAACUUCCAGCCGUUGACGGCAUAUCUCGCCGUUAACUAUAUGGACCGAUUUCUCUACGCUCGCCGCUUACCGCAAACGAAUGGGUGGCCGAUGCAACUUUUGGCAGUGGCAUGCUUGUCCUUAGCAGCUAAACUGGAGGAACUUCUCGUUCCUUCUCUUCUCUGUUUACAGGUUGAAGGAACAAAAUAUGUCUUCCAACCGAAAACGAUCCAGAGGAUGGAGCUUCUUGUCCUGAGUAUCCUAGACUGGAGACUACGAUCUGUUACCCCGUUCAGUUUCCUCACCUUCUUCGCUUGCAAGAUCAGUCCAUCGGGGACCUUUCUCGGGUUACUUGUCUCCCGGGCCACUGAUAUUAUAUUGUCCAACAUGCAAGAAACAUGUUUUGUGGAGUACUGGCCGUCGAGCAUUGCUGCAGCGGCGAUUCUCUGCGUGGCUGACGAGCUCCCGAUUCUGUCGUCUUCGAAUCGUCAGGGAAACCCCGAGGCAUGGUGCCAUGGAUUGAGCCAAGAGAAGGUAGUGAAGUGUUACAGGCUAAUGCAAGCAGUGGCGCUUGACGGUAGCCGGAGGAAAGGGCCGAGAGUGAUUCCGCAGCUGCGAGUGACCGUUAGGACAUCGACCGUGAGGCCCAGUGACCCUUCUUCACUCUUCUCCUCUCCCGAUUUGUCUCCCUAUAAACGGAGGAAACUAAAUAACUGUCUCUGGGUGGAAGGUGAUGACGAGGCCACUUCUCAAUGAAAUAGGACCCCAUGGUUUGAGAAAUAUCUCGAUACUACUCUCCAUAGGGUUGAUGAAAAAAAUAAGAGAGUCCAUUAAAGGGAAAAGGAGCCAAAAAAAAAAGAGAAGGGAAAACCUCUACAUUUUAAAGGAUGUUUUUUUUUUAAUUUCUUUCAAGUUAGAGGAGAGUGAUUUUGAGGUAUCAGUACAUAAUAAGGGAGUGAAGAUACCAUAUGGUUUGGGUGAGUUUUGGUUCUUUCCAAGGGGGAAAGGAUUUUGGUACCACAUUGAAUUUUUAUUUUUGGAUAAAAGCAUAUUAUAUAUAUAUAUAUAUAUAUUAUAAGAAAGAGGGCGGGGGAGCGGAGUGGGGGGUUGGUUUGGUGGGAGGGAGGCCGGUCAUCAUUAAUGGCUUUGCAGAUUCCCAAGGGAGACAGGGGAAGCCUCUGCACCCACACGCGUGACUUCAAGAGCCUCCGCGUCAGCCAGAGGGAUAUAAUAUGAUAUGAAGAGACGUGAAGGAAAGAGGAUGAGGUGGUGGGGGAGGAGCGUGUGCGCGCGUCGGAGGAGUGGGCCUACCUAAUGGAUCGAAGAACUUUGUGGGCCCUAUCUCCUGAUGGGCUUUCAACGACUUGCCAGUCUAUACAUACAUAAAUAUAUAGUUUUUUUUUUAUUUAUUUUAUAAUGGGGAGUGGAUUGAUUCCUUGUGCGCCCACACACGUGCCGGAGACGUGGUGUGUCGCACGUGCUUGGUUUUUUUUCUUUCCUAAUUUCUUCUUCCUCUUUUUCUAAAUUGGCGGGAAUUUUGUGUUCUGUGCCCACCGGCAUCGUGGACUUCUAAUCUUAUAGCCACAUGCGUGUGUAUUCGUUUUCCUUAUUUUUUGUUUGUUUGUUUAAAUCUCUAGAUUUUGCCUUUGAGAGAGAGAGAGAGAGAGGAAAGAAUCCUCUCAGAGGCCGAAGUUGUGGCCUGGAAUUUGGAAAUAUAUACACGUAUAUAGAUAUUAUAUCUUUUGUACGGCGUGCAUCGUGAUGAUAAAUAAAAGAGUGACAUGGAUGAUGUGAA